AUGGCGUCUGAUGUGGUUAUCCAGGAAAACUAUGAGAUUCUAGACGUAAUAGGCCAGGGAGGCUUUGGCAAAGUAUACAAAGUUAGGUAUAUUCCCACGGAGGCGUUGUACGCCUACAAGCUGAUAAGCUAUGCCAAUGAGACCAGUGAGGUCCAGGGUCUUAUAGAGUCGGAAAUCAAGCUUACAAGGCACCUUUCUCAUCCUAAUAUCAUCAAGUUCCACCAUGUUUACCACUCUGAAGAGCGUAAAGAAUACCAUAUUAUUAUGGAUCUUUGCGAAGGCGGGGACCUUCGCCAGUUCAUUGACAAGCGGCAGAGGAUGCAGACUUCCCUAGAGGAGGAGCUUAUAUGGCUGUAUAUGGGACAGAUCCUGCUGGCUCUAGCUUACUUACACUGCCCAUUCAAGAGCGGAAUCCAGCAGCACGGGCGCAUAAUUCACCGGGACAUCAAGCCUGCUAAUAUUUUCAUUAAAGGAAGCAAUACACUAAUAGUUGGAGACCUGGGGAUUUGUAAGGACAUUGGUCGCCACUCCUCUACUGACGCAAAGAUUGGUACUCCCGCUUACAUGGCCCCCGAAGUCCUCAUGAACGUUAAGCAGGGCUAUAACGAGAAAUCGGAUAUCUGGUCUCUGGGCCUGAUUGUGUACGAGUUGUGCACUUUUGAAAGAUUAGUAAGCGGUGCGACGGUAGCUGAUGCAAUCGAGUCCAUAGAGUACAUAAACUUCCCUAUCAUCGUUGAGGGCUAUAGUCUGGAGCUCGUGGAAGUGAUUAAUGGAAUGAUCGAUCCAAAUAUUAUGACUAGAUUUUCAGCUCAUGACUUGCUAGCUCAUCCGCGGUUGUGUCCGUACAUCAAGCGGCUCUUAGGACCUAGCGUCACUAUCGCUACCUUUACUUAUGGAGGAGAUCCGUUGCUUGACAAGCAUAGCUAUAGUUACGGCCUCCAAACUGAAGAUCACCGGGUCAAUGCCACGACACCUUGCUCUGCUAAGAAUGAUCCUAGCUAUAGCACGUCACUAGCAAACAUUGCUCUUAUGGCCCCAGGUAGCAUUGCAGCAAAGAUCUUCAAUCAUACUCCUCUUAUGAUUGCUGCCGAAGCAGGAGACCUCUGCGGUGUAGAGGCACACAAGGCGGUGUACUCAAGGAAUACAAAUACACGUGGGUAUACUGCGCUGAUGCUGGCUGUGGAACAAGGACAUAUGAAAUGCGUCAAAUCUCUUUUGGGCGUUGAGGCAGGCCACCAGGCAAACGAUGGAACAACUGCAUUAAUCAUUGCGCUGACUCGAGGAUAUACCGACAUCGCUAAGCUUCUUUUCCCCCUGGAAGCAGCCAUAAAAGCCUACGAUGGACGCACGCCUUUGAUGAUAGCUGUGGAAAGGCAUCACUCGGUACUGAUUAAGCCCCUCGCAAAAUACUCUGCCGGUGAACAACUUGCUGACGGAACGACGGCUCUCAUGAUCGCAGUCCAACUAUUGGAUGCCGUGUCCGUAAAGGCGCUUGCCAAGGCAGAAUCCGGCAUAGCUACUGACAAGGGCAAAACGGCCUUAAUGUUAGCUUCUGAGCAAGGAAGCCUUGCACUGUGCAAGCUUCUAGCUAAAAACGAAGCCGGGCUACAGAUGCAUGAUGGAACAACUGCACUAAUGAUUGCUCUCGAGCGGGGGUAUGAAGAAGUAGUUGCCCUAUUAUACAGACGUGAGAAGGACAUCUGCAAGGACGAUGGCACGACGCCCCAUCAACUGGCUGCAAAGACAAAUAGACAGGACAUAAUGCAGAUAUUUACCUCUAAAAAGGACAAUACUUUAAUAAUAUCUAAAAGGGUGAAGGAGAGUGUGACGGAACUUAAAGAGCACAGAUCUUAG